AUCUGUCAGUGUUGCUGUUUUCGCGGAGACCGCCUAUUGCUGAUAGUGUACAUUACUGUGUCAUGAAACGAAAGCUGAACAGCGGUACUCUACACAGAUCUACCUCUGGUCGCUAUUAGUAUAUUACUAUUUUCUGUGUAGAUAUACAGUGUCUAAUGACUCGAGUCAUAUGACCAAGCGCUACUGGAGCGUUACAGCUCACCAGCAAUGGACACUUUUCGCUAUGGCAGCCCGGAAAUUUAGAUUAAACCACGUAGACUUUAAAGCUGCUAUUGUGCCUAAUAUGUGGACAGAAUACAGUUGACUGGUUUGAUAUCCAUAAAUAUUUCCGAGAACAAGGACGAACUGUACUAGCGAAGAGUUUACUUCUGCAGCUUCAGGUGGUUGCUAACAAGCUUCAGCCAUAAAAAAGACAAUGGCCGAAGAAAACACACAAUUUUGCAGUAAUUGCAAGCAUAACAUUCCAGAAGCCAACUUUACAACACAUGAGAUUCACUGUCGGAGGAACAUUGCUCUGUGUGAAGUGUGCCAGGAGCCUUUUCCUCAUGCUGAGCUUGUGCAGCACAAAGAGAUGGACCAUGCAGAGGAACAGUGCAAAUGUGGAUUAAAAAUAGAAAAAAGGUUCUUGGAGACCCACCAGAGGUCAGAAUGCAGUCAUCGACUGGUCCCAUGUCAGUUCUGUGAUCUAGAGCUGGCCUCCUUUCAAGCUAAAGAGCAUGAGGAGUACUGCGGGACCCGCACCGAGCCCUGUCCCGUCUGCAAGUGCAAUGUUAUGCUGAGAGAACAACACAUCCAUCCAGCCCUGUGCGGAAGUCUGACUCCACCUGAGGAGAGGCACAGUAGUAGGGCAGGGCCCCAGUCUCCUGGAGCAUGGUUUGAGACACAUUCCAUCCAUAACCUAUUGAGGGCCCAGGAAAGGAGCCAUAAUAACAACAACACCGGGGCAGCAGACCGCAGAGGCCCACCACGACCCAUUGAGGACAGACUGCAUAACAGUACCAGAGGAACAGUGAGAGGAGGAACCAGGAGAAACACAGAAACGAGGAACAAUGAAUUUGCUUAUUUGCUGGAUCAGGAAACGGAGCUCGGGAACAACAACAACAGCCUGCUGUGGUCUCUGGGACAACUGCCAGACUACGAGUCGUCCAGUCUGGACUACAUGCUGGCCCUCAGCCUGCAGACUGAAGGUGACUUGGAGGACCCCCGACAAGAGGGUGUGUGGACUGAUGUAUGGGACCAACGCAUGGGAAGGACUCCAGCCCAUAGCAAUCUCACUUCCCAGCUCUCCUCCAACACCAGCAAGAACUGCACCACAGCUCCCCCUAAAACCCACACAAACCUGGGCCAAAGCCCUUCCUCAAACAUCAUGCUGCCUUGUGAGUUCUGUGAAGAGCUCUUUCCAGAGGAGGACCUCAUCUUACACCAGACCGGCUGCAGUCCAGCCUCUGCUAUCGCUUCCUUCAGUAAACAAGUUCCUUCUCUCCAAUAUGAAGACAUCAUCCCUCAAGGGACUAGCCAUGUCAUUCCUCCUCGAACACCCAGUCCACCCACUCUGCCUCUCUCCGUUUCUCCAAUUUCCUACAGUUCCUCCUCCAGCCCAGUUGAGGGUGAUGUGCUCAUUCCUUGUGAGUUUUGUGGCGUUGCCUUGGAGGAGAAUGUACUCUUUCACCACCAGGACAAGUGUGACCUCCGGCCCCAUACAGCUUAUUUUGUUGAUGGAGUGUCUUCACGAAAACCUCAUCACACCACCAAAGAGACCCACGAGAGGAGAUCGCCUGAGAGGCAGAGGAGGGUGAGACAUCAAGCUGACCCAGAUGAGGAGCUCCUGCAGCAGACGGCUCACGGGUGGCAGAGAGGCUCCUCAGCUUUAGACCAGUGGCCCUCAGCCCACAGUUACACCAAAAACACCAAUGCUGAGCAGCAGGUCAAGAGCAGGAACCAAAGGCGCAGAGCUGUAGAAGUCAAUACGUAUCUCAGCGACAGCCCAAAGCCCCAUUCUACAACUACUUCGGGAACUCCACACAGAGGAAGACUCGAAGGUCGAAGGAAUGAGAAAAACACAGAGACACCAAAGGUGCCUAAAAAACAUAACGUUGAAAAAGAGGAGGAGUAGAAAAUGAGGAAGUAAACCUUUUUUAGUUUCUCACUCAAACCUCAAGCAGUGACCUGUUGUUGUGGUUUGUAGGCAAUUAUGUUUGUGUUUAUAAAACAUUUACAUAUCCAUGUGAAUUGAUCAAUUCUUUGGCUUGUAAAUGGAUUUCUUUGAUUGCACUAGUUCAUUUUUUUCUUCUUCGUACUUUUUUCUAUGUUGUUUGUAUGUAAUUUUAACAGUUUUAAGCUUUGCCUUUGUUUGGUUUGAAAGACAUUGAAGAAAUGUUUUAUAUUUGAAGGAAAUCUCCACACGUUGUAGUAUAAAUAUAGAAACUCCCUUAACCCUUUGCUGUAAUGUUGUAUGCUUUAGUUAAUGCAAUGGUUAACAUGAACGAUACUGCAUUUAUUGAUCCUGGUUAAUAUUAUUUUUAACAUACACAAACUCUAAUAAACCUGUUACCAACAUUACAUAAAUUUAACAUUAACAAUGAUUAAUAAAUGCUGUAAAAUAAUGAUACGGAAUGCAUUAACUGAUGUUAACUAUAAUCUAAAGCAUAACAUAAUUUUACUGUAAGCCUGUCUGUUUGGUGGAACAAUUGGUUAUUUUGUUGAGAGGAUUGUUUAUCUUCCUUUGCUCAUGUAUCCAUCACAUCUUUUCAAUAAAAAGAUUUUGCUGUGGCUGAAA